UCAUCACUUCCUCCUGUCCAGGUGAAGAAGAACGAUAUCCUCCUGCACCAGCACCAUCUCACCAGCAACAUGUCCAGCAAGUACAGACCUGUCUCUGUGAGAGGCACCAGCAGUUUAUCCGUGUACGGUAGUCCUGGCAAUAUCAGAGUUUCCAGUGCCAGUGGUGGUAGCAGCAUGAGCUAUGGCUUUGGUGGUGGCUACAGUUCUGGGGGUGGUGCCUCUUUUGCGGGUGGCGCCAGCGGCGGUUUUGGUGGUGGCGGCGGCUUUGGUGGUGGCGAUGCGGCCAUCGGUGUCAACGAGAAGGCCACCAUGCAGAAUCUGAACGACCGCCUGGCUGCCUACCUGGAGAAGGUGCGCUCCCUGGAGAAGGCCAACGCUGAGCUAGAGCUCAAGAUCAGGGAGUUCCUGGAGAAAAAGGCCUCCCCCUCUGCCAGAGACUACAGUGGCUACUAUGCCACCAUUGCUGACCUGCAGGGCAAGAUCCUGGACGCAAGUAAAGUCAACGCGGCCAUCUAUCUUUCCACUGACAACGCCAAGCUGGCUGCCGACGACUUCAGGGUGAAGUACGAGAACGAGCUGGCUAUGCGGCAGUCAGUGGAGGCCGACAUCGCCGGGCUGAGGAAGGUUCUCGAUGACCUUACGCUGUCCAGAUCCGACUUGGAGAUGCAGAUCGAGGGCUUGAAGGAGGAGUUGCUGUUCCUCAAAAAGAACCACGAGGAGGACCUGCUGGCUUUGAAAAACCAGAUGAGUGGACAGGUGAACGUGGAAGUGGACGCCGGAAAACAGACAGACCUCGCACAAGUCAUGGAGGAAAUGAGACAGCACUACGAGUCUGUGGCAGAUAAGAACCGCCGAGAAUUAGACACCUGGUUCCAAAGCAAGACAGAGGCUCUGUCCAAGGAGAUGACGGUCACCACAGAAACCGUACAGACAUCCAAGACAGAGCUCACGGACCUUAAACGAACCUUGCAAAGUCUGGAGAUCGAGCUGCAGUCACAGCUCAGUAUGAAAGCAUCGUUGGAAACCACCUUAACAGAAACCCAGAACCGGUUUGCCAUGAUGUUGGCGGGCUUUCAGAACCAGGUGACCCUGCUGGAGGAACAGCUAAUGCAGCUCAGAGCUGACCUGGAGCGCCAGUCACAGGAGUACCAGAUGCUGCUGGACAUCAAGUGUCGCCUGGAGGCGGAGAUCGCCGAGUACAGGAGGCUGCUGGAAGGAGAAGGUGUUGGGUCCAGCUCCGGCUCCGGCUCCGGCUCCAGCUCCACCACCAUCACCAAAAUCAUCACCCAGGAGCUCGUCGACGGCGUAGUGGUCAGCAGCUCAACAAAAGCCGUAUAGGUCAUUUGCUGACCAGCAGGAGGCGCACCAACAGUUCUGGCGUGUAUUACGCUCAAAUAAAAGUUUGCUGAGGUGCUUUAACUCAUAA